AUGGGACAAGACCAGUCGUCUCCAAAUGAUAAUGCGAACGGCGGCGAUAAGCCCAUCUACUCCUCUGAAGGUCCGUCCGGUGUAGCUGCUGGCGCGUCAAAGCAACUAAAGGCCAUGAGCAGUGUUGACCAGCAGCAGGAGCAGGGCACUGAGGGUGCAUAUCAUAGGCUCACUGAGAAGGAGCUGGAUAAGUUGGUGUAUGCUCAGAAGAAUGACGAUAUUGAUAUUUAUGACCUGAGCGUUAAUCGUGAACUGAAGGCCUUGUUGAUGACUAUCAAUGAUAAUGAUACUACUUCAACUAGCUCCACUACCACUCUGGGGGGUACCAAAGGUCUGAGGAAGGAGCUGUCAGCAAAUGCGGCUGAGUUCAUCCCUGGGCAGUUCUACGGUACAGUUGGUCCUUCGAGGCCGCAGGCCCAGGGGCAGUACGGGAAUUGGUCUAAGAAGAAUACGGUUAGCCAGGAAGAUAUCGCUAAGAAGCUUUCUUUACAGCAGAGGGUUGAGGCGAUCACAAGAGCUUCUAAUGCGAUACCAUCCGGACAUAAAUUGUGGAGGUAUAAGGACCCGAGGGGAACUGAACGCGGACCGUUUACAUUUGCGGAAAUGCGGAAUUGGUAUGAGAAAGGGUACUUUACUCGGGAGCUUGAAGUUACUAUAAGGGAAGGUGGACCCUUUAUAAAGUUGGGGGAGUUAUACGGUCCUGGCCAUCAACCGUUCUCGACCAAAUUGAACGAAGCGCAGGUUAUUGUUACAUGUGCUGCGUUGAUCUCGAGUAAGGCCCGAAGGAAGCUUGUGACGCCUUCUUAA